CGCUCUCAAAGAUCCAAGCCAGCAAGUCUGUUUCAGAUUGUAAAUUACGAGUAGAAUUAACAGGCAUUGUUUUUCCGUACAUCACCACAUACCAGCCCAGAAGUUUCCAAAGGUCAAAAUCUUUCUUACAAGUCGGAAUGGAGUCCGGUGGUUGCACGUUGCGGCUGUUGUAUCUAGUGUUCACCACAUGUUUCGGUAACAAUUUCCAAAUGGGAUACCUGGUCACUUCCGUCAAUGUCCCGCAGUUUGUCAUUUUACGAUGGAUUCGACAAGUCCGUUGUAAUGAGCAUGCCGCGCAAAACGACACCCUGUAUGCGUACAAUCAAACCGAUUACAACAACCUUUGGUGCCGAGAGAUUUCUCCCGGAGAUGAGGAUACAAUGUUGGCGCACAACACGGAACUCAGCACUUUGUGGGCCAUAAUCGGAUCUGUUCUAUCAGCUGGCGCAUUUGUUGGAGUUUGGCCUUCUAGUCUCUUGUUGGCCAGCAUAGGGAACAAGAAUUCCAUUUAUUUGGUGAACAUUAUUGCCGUGCUGGGAACGGUCGCUUGCAGUCUCUGCACCGCUUUUGAAUCAGUCACGUUGCUCAUUGUGGGACGAUUCCUGCUUGGGCUAUUCCAUGGAUUGAUCGGGAUCUUCGUACCGGUGUACAUUGCCGAAGUCAGUCCAGUAAAAUUUCGCGGCGCCAUGCAGAGCGCACCCGUGAUAACCUUCAAUUUGGGCAUGCUGACGGCCAUCCUGGUCAGCUUGCCAAAUGUCCUGGGCAACGAAUAUUUAUGGUCGUUCAUCACAUGGACCAGACUGAUCGGUGUGGUGUUCACCUUUGCAACGCUGCCGUUCUGUCCGGAAAGUCCGGUGUACCUGCUGUCCAAAAGACGCCACGAAGAGGCAAGACAUUCCUUGCAGUGGCUGCGCAACACGGACAAAGUGGAAGAAGAGCUCAAUGAAAUACAGCUGGAAUGUGACAGAUCCGCAGAGAAAGCCUCGGUUUCCAUGAUUGAACUGUUCGAAACUACGAUCCUUCGCAAGACGCUGUAUAUCUGUGUUAUGGCGAUGGUGAUUCAGCAGCUCACUGGUUUUUCUGUCGUGAUUACCUUCUCUACGUCCAUUUUGGCAAACGCUGGCCUGGACAAAACUAGCACUCUCUACGGAUCAAUUUCGCUUGUUGGAUUGCAAAAUCUCGGGGCCGUGCUGUCGAUGUUUCUAGUGGAGCGCGCUGGCCGACGGCUCUUAUUUCUGAUUGGCUGUGCCGGAUGCGCGGUGUCUUGUCUAGGCCUUGUCAUCUUCAUCCAACUGUCCGGUUAUUCGUCGGCGUUUGCGUACGGUAGUUUAUCCGCGCUACUAAUUUUCAUGCUAUCGUUCAGCUUGGGAGUGGCCAGUGUCCCGUGGAUCUGGCCGCCGGAGUUGUUCCCCGCCAACGCGCGAGGUGUGGGGAUGAUCAUAACAACUGCCUUCUGCUAUCUGGGUUCGUUGGUUACCAUCUUCGUUGCCCCCAUCGCGGAAGUUAUAAUAGGGGAAUGGAUUUUUGCUGUUUUUGCGGGAUGUACAGUAGUCGGAGUAGUUUAUAUGUAUUUUGCAUCGAUCGAAACGAAAGGGAAGCCAUUCGAGAUGAUCGAUGCGGAACUUCGUAAGAAGUUUGGUUUGGGAAGAGAUGGCCGCUUAUCGGCUGGUACGAUGUCUGAGAGCGGAUCGCAGUCAUCGCGCUGCUGAUUUUUAAUAGCAAUGCCUCGCUGAAGUGCUCCCUCGUUCAGUAAUCUCCAGAUUAAGCUGAAUUGCUAACAUUCUAGUAUUAACCACUGUGUCCACUGAGUUCAGUGAUUUUAAUUUGGUAAUUAAAAACCUUUUCAG